AUGCCGAUGGUUGCCGGAGAGCUUACCCUGGAUGUGGAUGGAGUCGUCGCAGUAGCGGCAGAAGAGCGCCUGGCCUCUAGGCAGAAGACGAUGGCGGCGAUAGCACGUGUUCGCUCUUCCCCCAUCGUGUCUAGCAUGCAUGAUGGCGGCAGGCGGCUCGCGAUUAGCUUCCUAAUAGGAUGGAUGUGUUCGAGAUAA